UACUUUACCCACGAAUCAUUCAUCAUGUUCUGCGGUCUACCCAAAGCAGUCCGGUCCCGAAUGGGGCACGGGGCCAACACCAAGGAGGCACGGGAGAGAAACAAGCUACAGAAGAAGCAGAAGAAGGUACAACCAACCUCAAAUCACCAGUGGAAGCGCCAGGGCGAAACCCUCGAGUGCAGCACAACCACGGAAAUUGUCAGCAACCAGACCCCGCCAACAACUUCCAUGGAUACCAGGACAACACCACUAACACAGAAUCGCCAGAUCACACCUGAGAAUGACCCGCGCCGUUUCCACGCCACCGUAGAAGACGCGUCUGAUGAGGGGGAGCCUCAACCUUACCGUUCUGCUGCCGCUACCGAGACAGAGUCUCAACAGCCCACAGAAGCCACAAACUCCAACAACACGGAGACCCCAAAUACCUCCGAGAGCAACGAGCAUAAUGAUGCGAGACCACACAGCGACCAGUCUCAGAUGCAGGCACCACCAUCACGCCAUGCGGCAGUCGUCACCGAGCACAUGGAAGCAAAGAACGACAUAGACACCGCCAUUUCAAGGGUCUCCUCUUCUGCUUCUUCCACGAGCGAGUCCUAUUCCUGUAGUACUUGCACCCACCGAACAAGAAGGUCGGUCGGCUCGUUUAUAUACCCGGCAUUUCCAGCAUUUCCAGUAUGGGAAUCAUCCCCGUCACUAAGGGCAAGGGGUAUGCGGGAUAAGAACGAGCACAAGAACAAACACGAGAACGAAACCAAGAACGGAACCAAGAACAGGCUACGAACCAUCGUCUCACGCAUCACCCUUGCACUCGAAGAACGCCUUGUAAGCUUCAAGGAGAAGCGGAAGGAGAAACGGGCACAAAAGGAGAAAGCAAAGCAAGAGUGGAAGGAAGAGGUCGCCAGACGAUACACAUCUGGAUGUCCUUGGACAUACAAUGACAACUUCACAACUUUUUCAGAGCAAUUUGAUGAUGAAAUCAUAUUUGCCUCCAUAUUAGACUAUCUCGACCCCGCAACCGGUCACCCCCUAUAUUAG